AUUGAAUAUUCCUUUCUUUCUCUAUAUUAAGUUGCUUGAUUGAAUUUCGUUGUUUGACUUCACCAUUGACUACUCCUUUGCUUCUUACUAAUUGUCGCUCUUUCUCGUCUGGUACUGACACAAAUUCGAAGAAGAGUCAUCUUGGAAUUAGAAAUCUUACAAUUGAUAACCACUGUUCUUGUUCAUUGUAGCAGUUGAUUCUAAUAUCGUUGUCUGUCUUUAUUAGUUGUUAUCAUUACUGUUAUUUGUCUCUCUCAAGAUCCUAUUGGAAAUUGUUUGAAUAGUUAUCAUUCUUUAUCACUAUACUUAAAAAUGAAGAUCAACACUUUAACGCUCUCAGCUUCGUUGUCGAUCUUGACAGCCAUCAAUUCUUUGCCUUUCGACCUGAAACAACUCCAGCAAUCGUUCCAAUUGAAUGUUCCCGGUUUAGAAUUAGACGGUACUCCAUUAAAGGAUGCACCUGAAUUCUCGAAACAAGACUUCAACGCUUUGCCAGAAAUCGACACUGAGCAAUUGCAGGCGUUGAUCAACGAGGCUGGUUUGAAGUCGCGUGCCGAAACUUUGUUUUCGAUUGCUGAACGCUCCAAAGCCGACUACGGACAUCCUACCAGAGUCAUUGGCUCUGCUGGUCAUUGGGGAACCAUCGAUUACAUCAAGGCCGAGUUGGCCAAGUUGAGAGGCUACUUCACCUUUGACGUCCAAGCAUUCUUUGCUGUAGACGGAAAGGUCAACUCGUACUCAUUGCUUGUCGAUGGCACAGAGCCGAAAUCCUUGCUUCCUUUAAGCUUGACUCCUCCUACUCCUAACGGAAGACCAGUUCACGGUAAAUUGGUGUUGGUGGAAAACUUCGGCUGUUCCGUCGAAGACUUUCCCAAAUACACCAAGGAUAACAUUGCGUUGAUCAAGAGAGGAGAAUGUGCCUUCGGAGAUAAAUCCAUCAAUGCUGGACUUGCUGGAGCUGCAGGUGCCAUCAUCUACGAUCCUGAAGGAGCUUUGCACGGUACCUUGGGAUCUCCAACUGGUAAGGAGGUUCCUACGCUUUCUAUCUCUGAAAAGGACGCAGCACAUUUUGUCAAAGUGUUGUCUAAGCAUCCUCAUCAUAAGUUCAAAACCACUUUAUAUGUAGACUCGUAUGUCAAGAACAUCAGAACUUUAAACGUUAUCGCCGAAACUAGAUUUGGCGAUCAUGACAAUGUCGUUUCCUUGGGAGCACACUCAGAUUCUGUUACUGAAGGUCCUGGUAUCAAUGACGACGGUUCUGGUACCAUUUCGUUGUUAGAGGUUGCAAAAUACUUGUCUCAGUUUAAGGUCAACAACGCUGUAAGAUUCGCCUGGUGGGCUGCCGAGGAAGAGGGCUUGCUUGGUUCUGAUCACUAUGCCAACUCGUUAAGUCCCGAAGAAAAUUCUAAGCUCAGAUUGUUCAUGGACUACGACAUGAUGGCAUCUCCUAACUACGAAUAUGAAGUGUACGAUGCCAACAACAAGGACCACCCCAACGGUUCUGGAACCUUGAAGGACUUGUACAUCGAUUGGUAUACCCAACACGGGUUGAACUACUCUUUGGUUCCAUUUGACGGCAGAUCAGACUAUGUUGGUUUUAUCGAUAACGGCAUUCCAGCUGGCGGCAUUGCUACUGGUGCUGAAGGUGUAAAGUCUCCCGAGGCUCAAAAGAAGUUUGGCGGUGAAGCUGGUAAGUGGUUUGACCCAUGUUACCAUCAAUUGUGUGACGAUUUGUCGAACCCAGACUAUGAAGCUUGGGUGAUCAACACUAAAUUGAUUGCACACUCCGUUGCUACCUAUGCCAAAACUUUCGAAGGUUUCCCAGAAAGAGAAAACGCUACUGAAGCCUCCAUCUCUGAAGCUGGCAAGAAGAAGUCCAACUUCAAGUUCCACGGUUCCAACUUGAUCAUGUAGGUGUAUUUUGGAAAAGAAGUGGACAUUUAUCCGAUUUACUAGAAUCCUACUUGUUUAAAAGUGGUCCGAUCCAUUCAAAUUUAAGUCUUUUACUCUAUUUAACAAUAUAAGCAACUAGAUAUAAGUCAGACCAAUAACUAAAUGUUUAUGAAAACGUAGUAAGAAUAUACGCUCACUAUGAAAGUUUAGUGAAGUAUAUUUUG